GUCUAUCAUUAAACAAACCAAUCAUAACAUAUCAAAAAAUCUCACCUGAAAAUGAACAAAAAUUAGAUACAUUUUUAAUGAAUAAAGCUUACGUUGUUAUGAGUUCAUAUAAAGUAGACACUGUAACUAAUGAACUCGUACAUUACCUUAAACAUACAAAAGAAAAUCUAUGGAAAAUAUAUAAUGAACAAAAUUCAGAUAGAAUUAAACGAACAU